GUGCAUCAAAUCAACAAAAAUUGUAAACUCAUCUAAACGUCUCAGUUCUGAAUUCAAUAGUAGUGAGGUUCACUAAUUCGGUGCCUUUUUUCUCAACAAAACAAAUCACUUUUAACUAAAGCAUUAUCGUAUUGUUCAGAUAUCGUGCGUAUAUGCCAAUAAUGUAUCCAUCGUCUGCGAUAAAUGCCGGCCCGUUCUGGAGUAACGGACCAAGCCCCGGAGCCUUCUAUAAUUUCCCUGGUUCUACGGUUAAUCCCGGAUCCAUUAGCAAUCAAAUUUUAACUCCUGGUGAAUUUGGAACUCAGCGAUCAUACACUCCAGUAACAACAGGAACGUCUGUGAUUGGACUGAAAUUCGCCAAUGGAGUUAUUAUUGCAGCUGACAAGUUGGUGUCGUACGGAUCUCUAGCACGAUUUCACGAUGUGGACCGUGUACAUAAAGUAAAUGACAAAACGAUUAUUGGAGUCGGAGGGGAUUUUGCCGAUUUCCAAUUCAUCAAACGUUAUAUUGACCAGAAGGUUGUAGAGGAUAUGUGUUUAUCGGAUAAAAAUGAAUUGAAACCAAAAUCGCUAUACAAUUGGCUCACUCGUGUGAUGUACAAUCGUCGGUGUGAUUUUAAGCCACUGUAUCUGGACAUUGUCGUCGGUGGAAUGCAGGAUGAAGAACCUUUCCUGGGACACGUAAAUCUCCGUGGUCGUGCGUACACUAGCAAUGUCGUCGCCACUGGGUAUGGCACCCAUCUGGCUUUGCCACUGCUGCGUGAAUAUUCGGAAAAUCCAGAGGCUUACGCCAAUUUGGAUCAAAAUAAAACUACCGAACUGACCAAGAGCGUGAUGGAGGUACUUUGGUAUCGUGAUUGCCGUAGUGAUCCCAAGUAUUCGCAAGUGAUUUGCACCGCUCAGGGAGUUCAACUCGAUGUAAACUGCUUCGUCAAACAAAAUUGGAACCUGGCAACUAUGAUUAAGGGUUACUAGAGGCUUCAGUAAGCAUUCUAAUAUCUAUUAUAAUUGUUUCAAUAUUUUUUGUCAAAUAAAACAUCAUUCUAUGUAAUAAAUAAUA